AUAAUUAAUACUUAUUCAACUUCUUUUCAUACAUUUCUUUACUAUAUGAUUAUAAAUUAUUAUCAUCAACGUCUUAUUUUUAUUCCUAUAAUAUCUAGGUGGCCGGCUAGCAUCCAAUGUUACGCCGUCAAAAACUGGAAAACGUACAAAAAAAAAAAAAAACAGUUAUAAAAUCAAGUAGGUAGCUACAACUACAAUAACGUUACCCUCGCCAACGUGACCCACUAACGUUGCACAGCUGACGCGAUUGAUUUUUCCUCGACGUCUCGCGCUUAACGUUAGUGCGUCGCCGUCAUCGAAUCCCCUUAGUCGGUGCGUGCGUGUGUGCGCGUCCUUCGUUCCCUUUGGGUUAUUGGCCGUCGCCGUCGACGCCUCGUAAAACCCUAUUAUUCAAAGGACUAAAUAGAAACCUAUUCUGCAGUACCAAGUAACAAUAACAUACAAUUGCACACAAAGCUUCUACCACGAAAAUGCCAGUCUGUAAACAAGACGAAACCCUUAGGGCUUUAGCCCUCCUGGAAGACUAUCAUGCAAAACUUUCCACCGUACCCGACAAUGAUCUUCAAGUCGUCAUGAAGAUAGUGAUCAGUGUUUUUAAGUCAAGGCUUUUUCAGGCUCUCGUUGAUAUACAAGAGUUUUAUGAAUUGGCACUUCAAGAUGAAAGUCAUUCUGUAACAGAUGAAGAUAUAUCAAUUGCACAAAAAUAUAUCAUGGAUCAAUUUGAUGCUAAAGUUGGUUUGAGUGAUCUUAGUUUUCAACCUUUGGAAACUGAAUGUCAACGCGAUUAUAAAAAGAAAGAAUUUGUGGAUAUAAGUUGUCAAAUUAAUGGGCUGAGUGGACAUACUGGCAAUCAGUCAUGUGGUGAUGCUACUGAACAAGAAUCUAAUCUUGAAACUGAUGAUGAAACUGAAUACUGGGAGUAUGAUAAAAUAACAGUUGAAAGGGGCUCUGGUGGCCUAGGCUUUAGCAUUGCUGGUGGUGUGGAUUCAGAGUCAUUAGUCCUUGUGACCCGGGUUAGUCCAGAUAUUGGUGCAACUGGUCUUCGUGCUAAUGAUAUUAUUUUAAAAGUGAAUGAUCAGUCAUUAGAACAUGUUCCUCAUAGUUUUGCUGUGGCUGCUCUUAAGAAUGCUGGAGAUGUUGUUACACUACAUGUAAAACGACGCAAAAAGGAUGGAUUUGUUGAACCAGAAAAAUCAUAUACAGUUACAGAGAUUGAACUAGAAAAAGAAGAUGGAGGUUUUGGCUUUACAAUAGCUGGAGGUGUUGGUAAUGUACAUUUACCUGGAGAUAGUGGAGUAUAUGUUACAAAGAUUUUAGAAGGUGGUGCAGCUCACAAAGAUAGUCGUAUGGAAGUAGGUGAUAAACUGAUAGCUGUUAAAAACACAUUGAAUGGUGAUGUAGACUUGGAAAAUGUUACUCAUGAAGAAGCAGUUGCUGCACUUAAAGAAACUGGCGAUAAAGUAACACUUGUCAUUGUGAAAGAGUCUCUUAGCAUGCGUUAUAUAAAACCAAAAACACCAAUUAAAUCCAGUGUUUCAUCAAAAUCAAGCAGUGAAAAUAUAUCAUUAAUGCAUGAAAAAGUAGCCACUAUUCGUCGGUCUGAUGAAGGGUUAGGAUUUAAUAUUGUUGGUGGGGAAGAUAAAGAAGGCAUUUUUAUUUCUUAUGUGGCUCCUGGCAGUCCAGCUGAUCAGAAUGGCAUUUUAGAACCAGGUGAUCGUAUUUUAAGUGUUAAUGCAAUUGACAUGUUAAAUGCCACUCAUGAUGAUGCCGCUAUAGCUUUAAAAGGCGAUGGACCAAUUGUUACUAUUGUAGCUCAACAACGGCCUGAAGAAUAUCAUAGGCUCCAAAUUAAAUUAGCAGACAUCAAAGAACAAAUAAUGAAGAAAGCUAUUGUGUCUUCAAGUACAUUACCAAGACCUUCACAAAAAUUACAGUUAUUUGUCAGGGCUUUGUUUGACUAUGAUCCAAACCGAGAUGAUGGUCUACCGAGUCGUGGCAUAUCAUUUACGUAUGGUAGCAUAUUACACAUACUUAAUGCUAAUGACGAUGAAUGGUGGCAAGCUAAGAAGUUGGUUCCAGCUGGUGAAGAGGAUCGUAUUGGUAUUGUACCUUCAAAAAAGCGUUGGGAACGAAAACAAAAGUCAAGGGAUCGUACAGUUAAAUUUCAAGGACACGUUCCAGUUCUUAUUGAUAAAACUUCCACUUUGGAAAAGAAAAAAAAAAAUUUUGCUUUAAGUCGUAUGUUUCCAUUCAUGCGUAGUAAAGCAGAUCGUUUGGAAUGUACUGGAACAGACCAAGAUCAUUAUAUGCUUUGUUACACUCAUGAAGAUCCAACAUCUGAAGGUAUUAAUUUAAGCAGCAUAAGCAUAAUUGAACUACUUGUUGAAGAACCAACUUUACCAUAUGAAUCUGUUGUUAAGAAAACAUUAAGCUAUAGUCGCCCUGUCAUUGUAGUUGGAAUUUACAAAGACAAAAUAAACGAUCAUCUAAUAUCAGAAUAUCCAGAAGAGUUUGGAUCAUGUGUACCUCACACAUCCAGAGAAAUUCGACCUGGAGAAGUUGAUGGUGUUCAUUAUCAUUUCAUAAAAUCACGUGAACAAAUGGAGCGUGAUAUCAAAGAACAUUUAUUUAUCGAAGCUGGUCAGUUUAAUGACAAUUUAUAUGGAACGUCUCUAGCUUCAGUCCAAGAAGUUGCUGAACAAAAUAAACAUUGCAUUCUUGAUGUAAGCUCCAAUGCUAUUAAACGUUUACAAGCAGCUGAUCUGUAUCCUAUUACCAUAUUUAUUAAAGCAUCUUCUCUAGACUUUAUAAUGAAAAUCAGCGAUAAAAUGACUGAAGACCGUGCAAAGAAAAUUUAUGAUCAAGAAAUGAAAGUUGAACAAGAUUAUUAUGAAUAUUUAACAGCUAUUGUAAAAGGUGAUUCAUUUGAAGACAUUUUUGAAAAAGUGAAAAAUGUUAUUGAUGAACAUUCAGGACCUGAUGUGUGGCUACCAAAUAAAGGCCUAACUAUCUAAAAUGAAUAUACUAGAAAGUAGUAAUUAUUGUAAUUGAAAAAAAUCAUAAGUAUCUAAUUACUUUAGAUGCAUUUAGGUAUAGAUUUUCAAAAUUUAAUCAUAUAUACUACACCAUAUUCAGCAAAAAAAAAAUAAUAAUAAUAAUAAUACAGGUAACAUUUACAGGUUCUUUUGACUACACUCGCACAAAAAAAAGAAAAUCGUUAUUUUAAUCUCGGCAUAUACACAUUCUACUACUAAGGAACAAAUAUUUACUUACAGAAUUAAAAAUAUAGUAGUAAAAAUAAUAAUUACAUACCUAUUUUAAUACUAGUGGAAUUUAAGUUAAACUAGUUAAAUAACUAAUUUUAAUGAAAAUUGCUUUAGGCCUUUGUUUUAAGAAGUAUAACAAUAUAAUGAUUAUCUUCCACUACUUAUUAUAAAAUAUAUAUAGUUCUAAAAAAGUAUUUUUUAAUUGCUACGUUUAAAGUAAUUAUAUUUAUUAUUUUUAAAUCUCUGAAAACCAAAAACUUCCUUAUGAUGUGGUUGCCAAUAACUAUUAUAGUGGUUGCUCAGUGCAAAAUUCAUUGGUUUGAAAACCAUUAAAUUAACUUAUAUACUAUAGAAAAUAAUAAUUAUUAAUUUUUUUAAUAACAUUUUAAGUAAAUUUCAGAUUUAGAAGAAAUAAACAAAGACAUUAAUGACUUAUGGUCAAUGACAAUGGUUGUGAAUGAUAUGUGUUUUGUAGAUUUUGAGCAGGUUUUACCUUAAAAGAAAUUUUGGAAUACAACAAAUUAUAUAGAAAAAUGAAUGUAAGUUAAUAUGAGUUUUGAUUAUUUAUGGUAACAAAGCUCUAACUGUUUUUAUAAUUAUUCAUCAUUGUCUUUAAAUUGAAAUGUACUUGCACUAAUCAGCUGUUGUAAGUCAUUUUUUUCUAUCUACUUAAUGAACACUUAUUGUAAGUCAAUACUUAUAAGUUAUAGACCAUAUAAUUUAUAUAUUUAAAACAUAUAUAUCAAAUUUAUUUUAUUCUAAUUAUUAAUUUAAUCUGUUAUUAAUUCUCUAGUUUUGGAGCGACCACAUAAGUGAUGUUUGAUGCUACCAAAUUAUUUAACUACAAUUAAUAUGACUUAUUUUGAGAAUAUAUCAUAGAUAAAUUCAUUUUAUUUAUAUACCACUGUAAGUAAGUGUUCUUUUGUAAAAAGUAACAAUAACUUCCCAGGGCCUUUAGACAUGUGCUAUAAUAAAAAUAUUAAUUUUAAUAUUCUAAAUUCUAAAGCGCAUCACAUGCCUGAAUAUUUUAAAACUGAUGAUAAAUAAUAUAUGGUUUUUUAAUAUAAAUUAAUAUUAACUUAUUAAACUUAUAACAUAGAUUAAUCUCAUUAUUGUGUUUCUUUUUCGAAUAUCAAUAUGUACCUAAUAAUAGUUUUUUUUAAAUUGUAUUAAUUUUAUUUUUGUUCCUUCAAGUAAGAAAGUAUUAAAAAAAAAAUUACAACCUCUUACUGAUUUAUACUUAUCAGAAAUUAAAUAUACAAAUUUGUAAUAUUAAUUAGCAUGUGUCUUAUCUUACUUAUGGUGUUAAACAGGAUUAAAAGUAGUUCAAUUGGAUUUAUUUGAUAUUUUAAACAGAAUUUGUAUUACUAAAAAUUAAUAUAGAAUUUAAUUAUUGAGUAGGUAAUAGGUUUUUAUUAUUAUUUUAUUUAACAUUUAGUACCUAAAUAAAAAAUGUUAAACAAUACCUAUAAUUUAAAUUUAACUAUGUUUGCUAUCAAGAUUUAUUACUAUAACUAUUCUAGUCAUUGUUAAACUGUUGAAGUAAUUUAUGUUUAAAUUUGUUAUAAUGUACUAAAAAUAUAAUGGUUUAUUGUGAAAUUGUGUAUUUAUAAGUUUUUAGGAAAUAUAUUUAUUAACUUUCAAGUGUAUCUUAUACUUUUUUUUGAACAAUAAAAUAAAAUUAUAUAUCAAGAAUA